AUCACAAACAGUUUUGGAAAAAGAAAUCUGGGUUGAUUUCGCCUGGUUUGAAACUUUAUUUCAAACCAUAAGCUUAUAAGAUUGCAUACAAAAUCAAAACAAUGGAGGAACAAGAGCAUGUUGGCUUGCCAUUGUUACAAGAUGAAGAAACAGAUUCAAAACCCAAGAAAACGCCAUCCCAGAAAGUGGUGAGAAAGGCCUUCAAAGGGACAGCACAUUUGGCUAACCUCCUCCCCACAGGGACAGUUUUGGCAUUCCAGAUUCUUGCCCCGGCAUUCACACAUGAAGGCAAAUGCAUAUCUGCGGUGAGCCAAACAAUGACCGUGGCUCUUCUCGUCGGAUGUGCCAUCUCUUGUUUCUUCCUAUGUUUCACCGAUAGCUUCCGGGACGAGAGGGGAAAAGUCCGUUACGGGCUUGCCACAUUCCAUGGGCUCUUCAUUCUUGAUUUGUCUUCCGUCACAUUGUCCCCGGAUGAGGCUGCCAAACACAGGAUAAGGUUGUUGGAUUUCUUCCACGCCUUCAACUCGGUCUUGGUUUUUGCCGCGACUGCUUUGCUUGAUAAAAACGUUGUGAAUUGUUUGUACCCUUCGCCAUCCCCGGAGACGGAAGAGCUUCUUUCAAUUUUGCCAGUCGGUGUUGGCUUCGUAUGCAGCCUCUUUUUUGUUGCAUUCCCCACCAAACGCCAUGGAAUUGGUUUCCCUCUCUCCCGCGAUUAACACCCAAGGCUUGUUUGGUUCAAGGUUUUAAAGGGAAAAGGAGGGGAAUGUGUAAUGUUUAUUUUAAGUAAUUUCUACAUUUAGCUGGUUAAAAUGCAAAUGAUUUCCUACAUAAAAAUACACGAUGUACUACUAAAUCCUAAUACAC